GGCGCCCGCGCGUGCGCGGUCCGUUCUAGAACGCUGCCGCCUAGGGGCCCCGGGCGCCAUGUUGGGGCCGAGGGGAAGGAGAGGAAGUGCUUGAAGAGGGGGUGCAGAACGGGAGCGGGGUCGGACCAGGGCUGGUAGGAGCCCCGCCCCUCCCGCCUCAGCGGAUCAUGACCCGGGCGGUGGCCGCGGAGGUCGCGGUGGGGGGGGACGUUCCCUGGCGGGGCGGGCUCUGAAGAUGAUGCCGUUUCCGGUGACAACCCAGGGAUCACAACAGACGGCGCCGCCACAGAAGCACUACGGCAUCUCCUCCCCUAUCAGUCUAGCGGCCCCCAAGGACACUGACUGUUCACUUACCCAGAAAUUAAUCGAAACCCUGAAGCCCUUUGGGGUGUUUGAAGAGGAAGAGGAACUGCAGCGCAGGAUUUUAAUUUUGGAAAAAUUAAAUAAUCUGGUAAAGGAAUGGAUACGAGAAAUCAGUGAAAGCAAGAGUCUUCCACAAGCCGUAGUUGAAAAUGUUGGGGGAAAAAUUUUUACAUUUGGCUCUUACAGAUUAGGAGUACAUACAAAAGGUGCCGAUAUUGAUGCGUUGUGCGUUGCACCAAGACAUGUUGAUCGAAGCGACUUUUUCACCUCAUUCUAUGAUAAAUUGAAACUACAGGAAGAAGUAAAAGAUUUAAGGGCUGUUGAGGAGGCAUUUGUACCAGUUAUCAAACUGUGUUUUGAUGGGAUAGAGAUUGAUAUUUUGUUUGCAAGAUUAGCACUGCAGACUAUUCCAGAAGAUUUGGACCUAAGAGAUGACAGUCUGCUUAAAAAUUUAGAUAUUAGAUGUAUAAGAAGCCUUAAUGGUUGCCGGGUAACUGAUGAAAUUUUACAUCUAGUACCAAACAUUGACAACUUCAGGUUAACACUGAGAGCCAUCAAAUUGUGGGCCAAAUGCCACAAUAUCUAUUCCAAUAUAUUAGGUUUCCUUGGAGGUGUUUCCUGGGCUAUGCUAGUAGCGAGAACUUGUCAGCUUUAUCCAAAUGCAGUAGCGUCAACUCUUGUACGUAAAUUUUUCUUGGUAUUUUCUGAAUGGGAAUGGCCGAAUCCAGUGUUACUGAAAGAGCCUGAAGAACGGAAUCUUAAUUUGCCUGUAUGGGACCCAAGAGUAAAUCCCAGUGAUAGGUAUCAUCUUAUGCCUAUAAUUACACCAGCAUAUCCACAGCAGAACUCCACAUACAAUGUGUCUGUUUCAACCAGGAUGGUCAUGAUUGAGGAGUUUAAACAAGGGCUUGCUAUCACACAUGAAAUUUUGCUGAGUAAGGCAGAGUGGUCCAAACUUUUUGAAGCUCCAAGCUUCUUUCAAAAGUACAAGCAUUAUAUUGUACUUCUGGCAAGUGCACCAACAGAAAAACAACAUCUAGAAUGGGUAGGCUUGGUGGAAUCAAAGAUCCGAAUCCUGGUUGGAAGCUUGGAGAAAAAUGAAUUUAUUACACUGGCACAUGUGAAUCCCCAGUCAUUUCCAGCACCCAAAGAAAAUCCUGAGAAGGAAGAAUUUCGUACAAUGUGGGUAAUUGGAUUAGUGUUGAAAAAGCCAGAAAACUCUGAAAUUCUCAGUAUUGAUCUCACCUAUGAUAUUCAGUCUUUCACAGAUACAGUUUAUAGGCAAGCGAUAAAUAGUAAGAUGUUUGAGAUGGAUAUGAAAAUUGCUGCUAUGCAUUUAAGAAAAAAGGAACUUCAUCAACUGUUGCCUAAUCAUGUGCUUCAGAAAAAGAAAACAAAUUCAACAGAAGGUGUGAGAUUGACAGCUUUGAAUGACAGUGGCCUUGACUUGUCUGUAGACAAUGAAAAUAGCAUUUCUGUACCUUCACCUACUAGCACUAUGAAGAUUGGCCCAUUGACUGACAGCUCUCAGGGCAGAAACAGUCCUUCCCUGACUGUAAUGGCAGCAUCUGUGACCAACAUACAGGCUACUGAAAUUUCCUUGCAACAAGUGAAUCCCAGUGAAAGCUUAAGGGUUGCAUUGAGUGAAAGCGUUCCUCAAACUGCCUCACAACCUGCCACUUCACCACCACCAAAACCCACAGUCCCCAUAGUAGUUUCUUCAACAUGUCUGGUAAGCCAUCACCCAGACCUUCAGGAAACACAGCAACAAGCAUACCUAAUCCUAUCAUAGGAGUCUAGAGGACAUUCUAAUAAAGAAGAAGAAGAAGAAACAAACAAGAAAAUCAAAAUAGAAGAGGAAAACUCUAUAAAGAGACAAAUACAACUCUAUUAGAAACAAUUCAGACAGUGGCUUCUCUGUUGGCUUCUCAGGAAACAUCCAGUACAGAUCUUUCCAAUAUCCCUGUUCUUCUUGCAAAUCCUAUUCCUGUUAUCAAGAAUUCAAUAAAACAGAUUGAACGGAUAAAAACAACCUCAAGGGUCCAUAAACAAUAUCUGCCAACUCAACUGUUGUCUUCAAAUACUAAAGAAGGAGAAUGAAGGGUACCACAUUAGAUAUGACUUGAAAUAGUUGUAGGGUCACUUGGUAACUUUCUUUACUGGCACUAAUCUCCAUCAGAAGUCCAGAUUAGUAUGUGAAUUAGAGGUACUAUUGUUGAUGUGUCAGUUUAUCAAUGUGUCAGCAACAGUUACAUUAACUAUUUCAAAGGACUACUGCCCUUGAAAAAACCCUCCCAGCUAUAUUUGUACCCAUAAUUGACAUCUGGACUGGAUUUAAGUUUGAUGCAUUGUUGGGAAAAUUUGCAAUACAAACUGGUAUCAGAAUUCCUUAUA